AUGAAGUUAUCACACUGUGCUGUGCUGCUUUCGCUGUUAGUGCCUUCGUGGUGCUCUCCUGGCGAUCAAUUGGACGAAUUCGAGGACUGUAUACAGGCAUGCGAAUACACUCAGUGUGGAACCAAGGACAUGGCAUCGAACAGUGGAUUCUUCAACUCCUAUCCCUACGAUUCGCUGAAUCCACUGCUACGGCUGCUGCUGUGGGACUGUCCCUCUGACUGCGACUAUCAGUGCCAGCAAAUCGUCACCGAGUUGAGGCUCCGUGAUGGUGAAGAGGUGCUGCAAUUCCAUGGGAAAUGGCCGUUCAAGAGACUAUUGGGCACUCAGGAGCUGGCCAGCGCACUGUUCUCCCUGGGGAACUUCAUCCCACACUAUCAGAACCUGUUCAAGUGCUACAGCUACUACCAAAACUCGUUUGGCUCCUUGAAGAUUCUCUACUGGAACAUCAUCAUCAUAAGUGCCAUCACUUCGUGUGCCUGGUUCUUCAGCACUAUCUUCCACAUUAGGGACUUGCUCAUCACUGAAAGGCUCGACUACUUCUUUGCCGGUGCCACUGUGCUAGGUGGCUUCCAUGGCCUGCUGAUCCGUGUUUGUAGGCUCGACAGAUUCGCAAAGAGACGGCAUGCGGUGUCCAUCAUGUGCUGUCUUAUGUACCUAUAUCACUUCCUAAGACUGAACUACGAUUGGAGUUAUACCUAUAACAUGAGGGCAAACAUCACCGUGGCAGUGCUACAGUAUGGCCUGCUGCUGAAGAUGGGGUACGACCACUAUAAGAGGGAUCCAAAGGAUCCAUUGUGGAUGAAACCUCUGAUACUCAUAGGAACUGUCGUGGCAGCGAUGUCGUUUGAGGUGUUUGAUUUCAUAAACCUCACGUUCCAAGUGGAUGCCCAUGCUCUGUGGCAUCUGUUCACCAUCCCACCUGGGUUCUGGCUCUACGACUUCCUCUAUGCAGACCUGGAAACGUUGAAGCUGGGCUACAAGGAGUGA